GGAUGGCGUUGAGUUCCUCGUGGCAGUCACUCGUGGUAUCAGUGGUUAGGGCUUUAGACUUUGGCUUCGUGCUCUUUUCCCUUUUGCAUCUGGUACUGUUCCGACGUCUUCUGCUUCUGCUUCUGCCUCUGCCUCUGGUCUUUGAGCCAGCCCCUUGCUGGAUGUUCGCGAGGGAGGAAAGGCGACCUGUUGCCGUUGCCGUGUGGACCGACGAUGAACCGUGGGAUCCGGUGGAUUGGCAAAUGUCAUAUAUAUGGUUGAGUUUGAGGUGGGUCGGUGGGAGGAGAGCAGUGCUAGGGUGGUGUUUCCCGAGGGUGUUGAGGGAGUCGUGAGUGGGUGCAAUGAGGAGCUUCACAGAGGGCGAGACGGGCAGGACUGUAUGAAGGGUCAGCAGCCAUUUGACGGGAACAGGGAGGAUUUGAGGGCACAGGAGACAUGGCUGAGGAGAGAAAUGAGGCUGUUCCGUCAACGAACUCCAGCUCACCUUUGCAGCACCAGCAGAUGGGAUGAAUUGAUCGGCAGGUGGUCAAAGAGCGUGGGAUGGAGGAUGGCCCAGCAGUGGUAUUGGCGUCGAUCACGAGGACUCGGCUAACCCAGUAAGUUGGAGAGGAUUGAGGACAGAGCGAAACUGAGGUAAGAAGUCAAGGUGAGCGUGAGAGUGAGAUAGAGAGGGAGCAGGUGAUGUUGUGUGUCCAUGGGCUCUCGAAGCAAGAAUGAAUGAGUCCCUUAUAAACCUCGCCCGAGUCUAUACAACUGAUUGAUCGAA